AUGUCUCGCUACCAGGAAGCACACAAGAACUCCAAGGGCCCUGGCGAUGCCCGCCCAACCGCUCUCCAAAUCGUCGAAGACGAAGGCUUCAUCGGCAAGCUCACGGACAAGGUCUAUCUGGUCACUGGCGUGUCUGCUGGUAUCGGGAUCGAGACGAUGAGGGCGUUGUAUGCUACUGGCGGCCAUGUCUUUGGGACUGUGCGGAACAUGGAGAAGGGUCAGAAAGCUGUCGACUACGUCAAGUCAAACACGAAAGGCGGCAAGAUCACUCUACUCGAGAUGGACAACCAGAGCCUUGCGUCGGUGAAGAAGGCUGCGGAGGAGUUUUCGAAGCAGAGCAAGACGCUUAACAUUCUCGUCACCAACGCCGGUGUCAUGGCAACCCCCGAAGGCAAGACCAAAGACGGCUUCGAGACGCAGUUCGGUACCAACCACGUCGCCCACUUCUACCUCUUCCAGCUCGUCAAAGACGCCCUCCUGGCUUCGAGUACACCGGAACUCCCAUCCCGCGUCGUCUCCGUCAGCUCUUUCGGCCACCGCAGCGGCCCCAUCCGUUUCGACGACUACAACUUCGAAAAGGAAGCUUACAACCCCUGGGCUGCCUACGGUCAAGCCAAAACAGCUAACAUCUACCUCGCGAACGAGAUCGAGCGCCGAUUCGGAGCCAAGGGUCUCCAUUCCACGUCUCUGCACCCGGGCGGCAUCGACACCAAUCUCCAGGAGCAUGUCGACUUCAGCGCCGCGAUGGCGAACGAGGCGGUGCAGAUGUAUAUGAAGAGUCCUGAGCAGGGUGCUUCCACCACCGUGUAUGCGGCUUUGAGCGAGGAGUGGAAGAACAAGGGUGGCAAGUACCUUUCGGAUUGUGUGGAGCAGCCGCCUUUCAGUCAUGCGGAGGAUCCGAUGUAUGUCGGCGAUGAUGGGUAUGCGACGUGGGCGUAUGACGAGGAGGCUGCGAAGCGGUUGUGGAAGGAGUCGUUGAAGAUGGUCGGGUUGGAGGAUGAUCAGUAG